AUGGGGACAUCAAAAAGAGAAGAGGAAGAGCAGAGCAUCAUCCUGAUCAGCGACGAUGAAGCUGAGAGCACGGCUGGGAAUUCGGUUCUGUUGGUAGACCCCUUGGAGGAAUCUGCCCUGGAAGAGCAGAAAUCUGAAGAAGUUGUGGAUGAGGAAUGUGAACUAGUGGUUACUUUCUGUAAACAAGCAAAAGUGAUGCCUCAUGCAAGAUACGACUGCACGAUGCACCCCUUUGAGCGAAUGGAGAGUGAUACGUGCUCCCCCCUGGGGAAAAAUGCUGAUAUUUGUAACCAAUGCUACUGCUACAUUUGUGAUAAACUGGCUUCUGAGUGCCAGAAUUGGACAACCCCUUCCCUCUGUCACUGCAAUGCACACAACAAAAGCAAAUUCUGGAAGGAGCAGCGUGACUUUGCCUUGGCUGGUGUUCUCGUCAUGUUCAAUUUGGAGCUCACAGACAUAGACGCAGACCUUCGGCACGGGGGAAGUCUUCUAAUAAAAUUUAUCCAGGAACUUUCUUUGGAAUAUAAUAAGUAUCUGACUGGAAAAAGAAUACCUCCCACACAACAUGAAUGCUUUUGCCUCCCAAAAUGGCCUCCUGGGCAAUGCAAUAUCUGCAGAUCACGCAACAUGGAAGUUGUAUACAGGUAUUCUGGAGUUUUUGCACUGGUAACAAGAUUUUUAAAUCAGGCAGAAAGAGAGAGUCCUAAAGCUGCUGCUGUCAUGUUUCUGGGAGCAGCUAAAGAGAUAGCACUUCAUAAAGACCCUGCUUUGAUCACAACACAACUUCAGAGGAUGCUGGUGUUGUGUGACUUUCCAAAAAAUUUGUAUGAAAAGUUUAUUCAUUUUUUUCAGUCCAUCUCACUUCCAUGUCACUGUUUUGGCUUCUCAAAUAGCUUGAAUGUUGUGCCAUGGGACCACGUAUUACUGACCACGGUUUUAAAAGGCCAGAACAUCACUGGUCAAAGAACACAGAAAGGAAGAAAAGUAUUUCUGUGGGAAACACUCCCUGUUAUAGAGGCUCGUGUGGAGAAACUGGUAGACAAAGAGAACUAUAAAGAAGUUGUUCGUUACCUUAGAGCUGUGAAAUGCGAUGAUACCAAAGGGUUAAGAGACCUUCGAGAUAAAAUCCCCUUUUAUCUGUGUAAAACCGGAGACUUCCCCGACGCCGCGCACUCGCUGUUGUUUCCCUCCAACAGCUUCGCCUGCUGCACUGCCUGCCGGCUGAUGCCUUUGCAGUUUGAGGUCUACCUGAAGAUGUUCAAAACAGGCAGUGUCCCCACUGGAAAGGAUAUGCUAGACUCUGGGCCCUGGGUUACAGUUGGGUCUCCCUUGAAAGAUGGUGUUCUGAUUAAGCAGGCACUCAAACUCCUUUACAGCAACAUGUCACUAUACAGGAAUCCUAAAUGCUGGAGUUCCCUCAUCAUGACCUUGGGUAGCAGCAAUUUGCUGGAAAAAAGUGGGCACCUACAUCCCCUCUCACUGAAAGAGCCACCACUUGAGUUCCAAAAGGGGGUGCUCGCUGCCAGUGGUGGCCUUUUGGAGGAACUCAAGGCAAAAAUUAAUGUCUCUCUACCACCUGCUAUUUUCUCUCCUCAUGUAAUUGCACCACGAGGCUUGUCUUAUUCUCGCAGUGCAAGCAGUACAACAGAUGCUUUUUUGUGAUCUCCCAUACUUGACUUCCUUCUUGGAGAUAGCCCUGGCUUUUGGGAAUAAUUUUUGGGCUCUGAGGCUUUUAUUGGACCAUCUUUCCUAUGAAGAACAUAUUGUCCAUGGCACUGUCAACCUGAUUUUGAGAGAUCUCAAUCGUCAGAAAGCAACAAUGCUGAAGCUGUGGCAAAAUCUUGGUCCCCAGUACGUGGGUGAAUUCCUUUGCCUGUUCCUGACGUGCAGACACAAGAAGAUGCAAUCCAUUGGCCUGUUCACUCUGAAUAUUAUUACAGAGAACCUGCACGUGUGUCCAUGGGCAAAGCAUCUUUGCAACUUCUUUCACAAUGCAG